GAAGGGUUAAUGAAAUGAAAACAUGCCGCAUACAGCUGAUGUCUGAAAUGAAACACUUUGUCCUUUAUGUAACCGACCGGAGUUAACGUGUUAUGAAAGCAGCAGUGGGUUGGACAUCAGACUAAUGUGUGUCUUUCACUGAGGAGUACCCAGGCUGCAUUUCAAUGGGACCCCACUGAACGAUUCUUAUCUGUAUAAAGUUUAUUUCUGAGGGACCAUCAUGCAGUUGGAAGCUCAGCUGCGUUUAUGUCAGAGUUGUCUUUGGUACUGUAGGAGUUACCAGCGACUGAUCUCACUUUCUACUUUUCACAGGUCAUCAGCAAAUUACUAUGACCUUCUCGGAGUGAAACCGGACGCCACAUUGGAUCAAAUAAAAAAUGCCUUUUUCGACAAGUCCAAAAAGAUGCAUCCAGACAGUGACCUGUCUAAUCCUGGUCUGCACAGUCAGUUUGUGAAGCUGAAUGAAGCUUACAGGGUGCUGAGCAGAGAAGGUUCCCGACGGGACUAUGACCUCAAGCUGAGGUAUCAGUACGCUGGAGGUCAGGCCUUCGGGUCAUCCACGUACAGCCCCAGUGGAGAGGCAUCAGACAACAUACGAUAUUGGGAGCAGUUCAGACAGGCCCAGCCUCAGGAGAACUCAUCCGAGAGUUGGGAAAAGAGAAAGAAACGAAACAUGCGAUUAGUGGGCUACUGCGUGCUUACCAUGCUAGUCAGUAUCUCUGCACAUUACUUUGGGUUCAGGAAACUGGAAGAGGUCCACAGUAACUUCAUGGAUGAGAAAGACAGACUCAUCACUGAGAUCUACAAUAAAUCCAAAGAGCAAGCCAGAGUGAACGGCUUUAAGAAACAACAGGAGAUUUUGAGACAAAAACACGCCGAGUUCCUGGAGAGAUAUAAGAUCCGUAGCAGCGGAGAAGAGAAGUGAAAUGAAGAAAGAGAAACUUUAUGGUCUAGUUCACCCAAAAAUGAAAAUUCUGUCAUCAUUUAACCCUCAUGUUGUUUUAAAUCUGUAUGAAUUUCUUUUUUCUGAUGAACACAAAAGAGGAUAUUUUAAUAAAUGAUGGUAAGCACACAGCUGAUUGUAACUAUUGAAUUCCAUCGUAUUUAUUUUUCCUACUAUGAAAGUCAAUGGUUACCAUCAGCAAUCAUUUAUUAAAAAUAUCUUGGUGUUCAGAAAUGUAGAUUUAGAACAACAUGAGGAUGUUUUCAUUUUUGGGUGAACUAUCCCUUUAAUAAUAUUUUGCAUUUAUAGUUUUUAACGAAUUAUUUGAUACUCAAUUAAGUGCCAUUAAAUGAAGCUGAAUCCAUACAAAGGAUCAGAUGGUUACAAAAUGUUAUUUUCGUAUGUAUUUGAAGAGUUUGGUUCCAAAACGCGAUAAA